CUAAUAUUUUGAUUCUUGAUAACCACAAUCAUUCGAUUCUAUCUCUCCGUGCUGUGCGCACAGUCUUGUCGCGAUCGUACAAAAAAAUCGUUUUCAGCCUUUGUUAAAAAAAAAGGAAAUAGAAUUUUCCUUGAAGUUAGGAGCUGACUAGGUUGUUAUUUUGUGCAAAAUAGUUUUUGGGACCAUUAAUGGGUGAUACUCGAUAACAUUUGUUUGUUUGCUUAGUUUUAUCGUUUGAUAUACAGGUGCCGCAGUAUCACCAAAGGACAAAAUGAAACGCCCCAAGAUGAAGAUACAUUAGGAUGUUUGUGAAUAUGUUGCUUAUCUCUAUAUUAAUUGUUUUUUGCCUCAAACCGGCGGCUGCUUACGACUUCGAUGGUUUCUUAGGGUCAGAAAUUCUUACCAAUCUCACGAUAUCAACUUUUCUCGAUGACAAUCGUAACAUACGUCUUAAUCUCACUUGGAAAAACGUCACUGACACAGUUGAUCAAAUUUCAAUAAGAUUUGUGGAUACUGAGGAAUCAAUAUGUAAUCCUAUAGAUGGCGUUGAUAGACUCUCUGUGAAACAGGGUGACACUCUCAUCAUUCCAUCCUUAAAUUUGGCCAACCCAGCUGAUAAUUUAGUAAAUGGCUGCGAAUAUGAAAUAAUUAUUGAAACUCAUGAUCUUUUAGAGAAUUUAGAACAAACAUUAAUCUAUCAAAUACCAGAUUGUGUUCAAGAUAAAUGUAAAUGUGCAAAAUCGUCUCCAUAUCAACUAAGUAGUAUCAUUCCAGUACACGAUGAUGUAUACUUUUUAAAAUGGGAUAAACUAUCCAAUGAAGAGUUGACACUUUUGGAUGUAUACUAUAUACGCGAAGACAACAGCACCGCUCCAAGUCAAGUAAAACAAUGUAACAUUAGUGAUGAUGGAGCGGAAAUUACUCUGCCAGAUCUGAAACAAAGUGUAAGCUACAGAAUAACUGCAAGAUUUUACUAUGAUGGGUGCAACUAUCCGUCUUUUAUUACAUUGGCAGUUCCGGAAGAAAGAAAUCCUCUCACUGUAAUUUUUGUAUUAGUUUUAACAGUAUUAUUCGUCUUAAUGUUUCUCUACACUCUGGUUAUGAGCUCCAAUAGACUUAAGACCAAGUUGGCGAGUUACAAAAAGUAUAUCUCAUGUUGGGAUGAAGAAAUUGGAGAUAUUCAAUCCAUUAGUCCACUAUCUCACACUGUUCUCAAAGAAGAAGUAACAAAUAGUCAGUAUACACCAUUGGAAUUUGUAAUGAAUGUACAUAAAUAUGAUAAAUAUGAAUUUCCAAGAAAUAAGGUAAUUGCUAGAGGAGUACUUGGAGAAGGUGCGUUUGGAAUCGUGUACUACGGAGAAGCUUUCGAACUGAAUAACAAUCCUGGAUAUACAAAAGUGGCUAUUAAACAGUUAAAAGAGGGUGCAUCCGAUGAAGAAAAACAAGAUCUAAAAAAUGAAAUAAAAAUUAUGAAAAAAGUUGGCAACCAUAAACAUAUAGUCCAACUGUUGGGUUGCGUGACUAUGGAUCAGCCAUAUAUGAUGGUUCUUGAGUUAGCUCCUAAUGGAUCACUAAAAGACUAUCUUCUUAAGUUAAGAGAAAAAUGGUCUAAAAGAAAAAGUCGGUUUUUCUUCGCUGAUGACACAGCAGAAAAUUGGGAUCCAAAUAAAAAGAUGGACUCAGACAAAUUGAACUAUACAAGAAUAGUAUUUGAUACUACAGAUGAUUCUUACAUAACUCCUGACGACAUAUUAGAGGACGGAUCAUUUUACAGACCAGAACAAAAUGCUGUAAAUAUGGAAUAUAUGUCAAAAUAUUUAUCGCUUGUGAAACCUCGACGAAUUUCUGAGAUGUCGCAAGGUCCGCAUUCACCUACUUCGAUAACAUCAAGCGCUUUGUUGUCAUGUGCUGACACUGAAGUCACUACCCUUCCGCCAACGCCAGAAAUUAAAGAUUGUAUAAAUGCAACUGGAUAUGUUCAAAGAAUUGAUCCUCUUCUAGAUAACGAUGAACUACAGCAAUUUGCUUUACAAAUCGCCAGUGGUAUGGAGUAUUUAGAAAAAAUUAAAGUAACACACAGAGAUUUAGCAGCUAGAAAUAUUCUAAUGGCCAACAAUAAAGUUCUAAAGAUAUCUGAUUUUGGAUUAUCGAGAGUGGGUACUUAUGUCAGUAAAACAGGUCAAAAAUUACCUCUCAGGUGGAUGGCUAUCGAAGCGAUCGAAGAGAAAAUUUGUACCAACAAGAGUGAUGUAUGGUCGUUUGCUGUAGUUUUGUGGGAAAUGGGAACGUUAGGUGCCUUCCCGUAUCCCAAGACUCACAACAAUUUCGUGCUAUACGAGCUUAAGAUGGGUAAAAGACUGGAAAGGCCCAAAGUGUGUACGGACGACCUAUAUAAUUUAAUGAUGAAAUGCUGGAGCGAGAAACCGGACGACAGACCAAACUUUAGCGAUAUCGUAGAGCAGCUAGAUACAAAGAAGAAGAAGAUAUACGUAGAUUUUAAUACGUUGAGUCCGACGUACAUUUUCCCUCCUGCACAAGAGCCAGAGAGUACCUGAUAAUAUUUUUGAAUUUGAGAAUAGACUGAUUUUAUUUUUGUACAUAUUUUUUAAAUAGUUUCUUAAAUAUAGGUAUUAUAGUUAAAGAAUAAAAAGUAGAGAUUAAUUUAUCUAUUAA